UUUUUCGUGUCCCGUUUCCGCCCGCUCCUCUCCGCGUGCCCUCGGGCUCGGGGGCCGCGAAGGGCGGAGCAGUUGGCGUCGGCGGGAUAGUGGGCGGUGAGGGGCAGGCGGCGAGGGCGGGAGCGGGACAGGCCUGGUGGGCAGUCAUGGCGUGGCCGCGGUGCUACGGGACGGGGUCUUGGCUUUUUAUGGUCUCCGGGGGUUUGGCGUCACGCAAUUAUCUCACGAAGUUGGUUGUGUGAAGAGACCCUCGAGCGCAGCGUCUCGAUGAGGCUUAGCGUCGCUUUAUAGUGCGAUAAAGCCCUUACAGACUGUUGCGUUCCUUCCACGUCUGUCGGCAGUAAUAAACGGAAAAUGGAUACCCGCUAACUGGGUCUGAGAAAUCAUACAUAAAAAAACCAAAGCUGACGAAAGCUACGCCUGCUCUGUGAUGCGUAUGGCCUCAACAGUGAAGCUUCUCCAUGCUCUUCAUAAUCUUGUCCCAUCCGUCAGUGGUUUUCAGAAAAGGAAAUUAAAGGCAAGGCUGUGUGUCACAUUUUCAGAUGGCCGAAUCAGAACCUCAGGAAGCAAACUACGAUAACAUGGUGAAGACGGUGGAGGACCUGAACAGGGACUUAGAAAAACUUCUGGAGGAAGUGGAAAAACUAACAGUGCAGGCAACGUGGAUGGCAUAUGACAUGGUAGUCAUACGUACCAACCCAGACCUGGCCAACUCCAUGAGGUGUUUGGAAGAUGCCUUCCUGAGUUGCAAAGAGGAGAUGGAGAAGAAAUGGCAAGAGGCGCUAAUGGAAUCUAAAGGUGAAGAGCAAAAAAAUGAAUAAAUUUAAUUAAGUCGUGCUGGCAGAACUACAUCCCUUGGAAAAUCACUCCAGCCUUUUUGUUUCCCAGCCGUGGAGGUUUCACAGACACUGCGGUAAAUGGAUUGGCUUUCGUCUUGCUAAGAACUACUUAUGUGUAUACAUCUAUGGAAGUAUUUUAAUGAAAUUACACACACACAUAUAUAUUUAUAUCGUUGAAGGUAAAAGGUAACAAUGUGUCUAUUUUUAUUAUGCUUAUCAGUAAUCCUUGUAGUGUGUGUGCAUAUGCAACUUACAUGCUUUCUGUGUCUUUCUUCCUGGAAGAUCAUACUCACUUCGUUGUCAAUAUAUGUGGAAUUCUUUGAGACCUGGACAAAUGGAUGGAGGGGAGCAUGGGGGGUGCCAUGGACCACUGCAGUGGUAUCACACCAGCACAUGCCUUUCAAGGAAAACUGAAUAAUUACUUUUUUUUCCAAAUGAAAAACCGGUGAAAUUGUAGAUUUGCAGGUAGAUUGAGUUAGUUUGACGUGGGAUUGCCAACUAGGUGUUCAGUUACAGAAUGUUAUUAUUCAGAUAGCUUAUCUGUAGUUGCUUCAUUUUGUUUCCUUGGGUUUUUAACCAUAUCUUUGGACUACUUUUCCCAGAAAGAUUGCUCUUCUCAAACCUUCUGACGGUAGCAUUUAAGAAAAAGUUUACCAUUAUAGACUGUGUUGUGUGUGGUGUUGUCUGUGGGAUUGCUGCAGAAACCAAAUUAACCAUGUUAUUAAACAUGCAUUUCUCCGUAUGUUCCUGCUAUGCAAUACUAAAAAAGAAAAGAAAAAAAACCACCAACCCUUUUCUUUUGUAGUCAAGAUGUGUAGUCAAGAGCACCACCUUCUGGCUUGCAGUUAAUGCAUAAAUGAGUAUUUUAUCGGAGAUGGACGUCAAUGCAAGUUUUGAGAAGAAUCUUCCCUUUCAUUAAAACUUAGUCUCUUUUAGCUAGAAAGUAAGCACCACAUAGCAAGUGAGAGCAUCUCCUCUGAAGAGCCAUUUACUGAUUUAAAUCACAUCUUAAUGAUCUCUCGGAGUUGGCUAAUUUUUAGACUGUGCAUUCUCUUGAGAUUGCUUGAUCUUGAUUCACAGACAGGAUGUUUACCCCACUGAAAUGAAAAAUAUGUAAGUAUUUUCACUUUUUUUUUUCCAAUGCUACCUAGUGUUUCUAGAGGUAUAAAUCAUAAAGAACAUCAACUUUGAACUCUACUCUUGACUUUCCAGUGGGUAGGUCUUCAUUCCAGCCAAGGUAGGGCAAAAUGGCAGAUCAGCAUGAGGAAACUUAUACUUUGAUUAAUCUCUGGAGGAUUUUUAAUGACAUGUUGUUACUUUGGUACCUUUGAUUACAUUGUCUUCACUCUUUAAUUCUGUAUUAAAAACUAAAUUCUUUGAAGAGGCACAGUCUUUAACAGUUUGUGUAGGAACAUACUGAAUUUUAUGAUUUUGUGUGACCUUUGGGCCAUAAAGUGCCACAUAUAGAUUGACUGCAGAUUUUCCAAAAAGCUCAGUUUUCAUUUAAACAUUUAAGCUAAGUGGCCAGUGUUUAAAAAAAAAUUUUUUUUUCAAUCCAGCAGUCCCAUUGAGAAUAGAGAAUACUGCUCAAAACCAACACUCUAAAAAAAUGUCUUCUGAUUAAAUGUGACAUUCAGUGAAGUUAUAUCUUUUACGUGAAGCUGAAUCCUACUUCCUGUGAUUGUAAGGCUGCAAUAAGUGAGUCUGUCAGAAUACUGUGUUUCUCCAGAGCGAAGGGCCAUGAUCAGAGUAUAGCUGUAAGGAGAGGAGGUGUCUAGUAACAUUUUUUUAAGUCCUCAAGUCUCAUCACUUUACAAUUUUCCAAAUUUUGGAAUUUAUUUUUUUUUCCGUAGGCAGAAGGCAUUACAGCACCAUCAACAGAUGGCAGUAAGAGCACCCUAAUUUUCUCCUCACAAAAAUGCAAAGUAUGGUCUAUUAACCACCAGGCACUGAUUUAGUCUCAAGGACAGGUGCUUACACUGAGGUACCAGGUCACCCCACUAUGAAGGAACAGAAUGAGUUCGCAGGAGGGGUGCUGGGGAUACUGGUGAACAUUUGUCAUCUCUGCCACCCUUUUUCUUGCUCCUGAAAGCUCUCAUGUGUGUGACCACGAACACCUAACGGUGAUGAGCCAUAGGGAGAGAUGUUGGGAAGAGAGAACUGAAGGUUGCGGCUGGGAGCACAGCAUAUACUCUGCCUGGGGAAUCUAGCAGGCUGAAUAGGCUGGGUACAGUAGGCCUCUUUCUCCCCAAGAUUUUCCUCCCAGCUGCAUGAUGAUAACCAGAGGAGAGUUAGGGAUAUGUAGCAGUGUAGGAACAGUGCACAGUCCUUGAAAAACUAUACUGCAAGAUGAUUAUACUUUUCUACUAAAAUAAUUUGUUUAUUUUAGGUUGGUUUCUUCUUUUCUUUUUCACAUUGAGAAUCUGCUUGCAGGGAUUGAGAGUUUUAUUUCAUUCUUCUCACCAUCUACUGCAUUUCAGCCCAGCUGGGUGCUUUAGGCUUGCAGCAGAAACCAGAUAGCCCACAUUGAAAUACCUUUCCUGUCACAGGGGUGUGUCUCAUAAAUUUUCUGUAAAAAGUAUGUGGAACAACAGCCCCAUCUAGCGCUCACAUACCUUAAAACUGUAACAGUAAUCCAGAUUGCUGGGUUGACAUCUCUUAAUCACCCAUCACCAGAGAUUUCCAUAACGAAAAGCGUCAGCAGCAGUUCAGCUUUAUGUUCACUCUCAGCGUACUCCACUUUUGUGAUCUGAGCCUGUACAGCAGUUACCACUGGCGCCUCCUGUACUAAAUUUAAGGCAAAGCAUGCUUCUGUAAAACAGCUACAGAAGCAAGAGAAGUUAGCACCAGUGCACUGCCAAUCUGUAUGCCCAAACACAUUUCCUUAGCUAUUCAUUCCUUAUCCUCUAUUAAGUAACACUUAAUAAGCAUGUCGCAAAUCAGUCAAAAAAAUUUUUUUUUUUCUUGUUAUGCAGACACCUGGACAGGUACUGGAAUCUGUAUUCCCCCUGGUUCAUUUUGCCUGAGUAGAUAGGACAGGUCUUAUAUCCACCGUUGGUUAUCAGCUUUAAUGAAGAAGCGUGUAAAGCUUAGCAAAGAGGUUAUGGACUUGACCCUGAAAAACCUAUUAAGGGUAGUGGAUGCUUUGGUGUUUAAUGCUGCAACGCUUUUACUGUCCUUGUCAUAACCAAAUCUACUGGUCUUAGUUAUGUACUUCAGCUGUCCACAAGGUGAGAGUUGGAUGCCUAAGAGCGAACUACCCAAGAGCCAUCAAAUCGAGCCAAAUGUUGCGUGGCCCAAACAGCCUGUAAUGGUGUAGCUCAAAGCACAUUCCUCUCCUGAAUAUAAACAGCUACCUUUCCUGUAAAACAGAGGACGUCCUGCAGCCCCUCUUCGUCUGGCAGCUCAGGUGCUGCCACACUCAUCAGAGCUGCCUGAAUUCUCAACACUGUUAAUGGAAACUCUUAACAGUUUCUUACUGAGAAACAGAUGAGACUUAGCUAAAAGGGCAACAAGCAGCCUCCUGGGAAAUUCUGAUGGUUUGAACUGUGCCUUUGCAGUGAGAAGGAGCUGUGGCCAUUACACAUGGCCACUUAGAGAUCUCGAUCCUUGUCAGAACGUCACCUAGAGCUCUGUUUAGAAUAUUUAUUUAAUUUAGUACUAGUGAUUUCCAAUUCUUGAUUAUUAUAGCUCCAAUUCAGGUUAUCUCAGGCUCAAGAAGAUAAUCCAUACUAGCUGUUUUACUUGUUGGCAUAAAUGGUUUCAAAAUUUCAGUCCAGAUCCUUGCAGUGAUUUUUCCUAAAAUGUGUGUGGAGAGAUUAUUGUAUCUCUAACAGCCUAUUUACACAUACUAGUAUUAAAAUAUGUUCUUUUUGCUGACAUUCUUAGAGAAGCAAAGAACUUGAGAACAAAAGGGGUGCACAACAUUCCUUCCCAUUCAUUUCCUCCAGGGCAAGGACUGUAUCACCUAGGCACUAUUGGUAUGAAAGUGGCAGUGUCUUUUCUGUGUAAAUUCUAUUAAUACUGAUUUCUGUUUUAUAGCACUGCCUCCUCCCUGCUCUGAACCGCUGUAAAAUGCGUUUACAUUUUUUCAACAAAAACCUAUUAUGAUAUUGUCUGAUUUUUCUGUUUCUGAUAAACUAUUGUCUACUUGCAUGGUUUGAUGUAGGUGCUUUAGGUUUCAAUCACUGGAAUACACACAUAGGCAGGAAGUUUACAACAUUCUGAGGUGACAUGUAAUUUUACACACAGACAGUUCUCUGUGGCUCCUCAAAAAGUCAUAUAGUGAAUAAAGAGGACAGAUGGCAUCUUCCCAUUUAUAGAAAGCCAGACUAAAUAAAGGCUUGUGGAGAUACUAGUUAG